AUGCCUGGACUCCGCAAAAAUCCACCAGGCGACUCCAGCCCCGGUGGCUCAGAUGCCAAUGUCGAUGUUGCCAACAAAAAUGGGGUGCAGCUGGUGUUCAACGAGCAGACAAACUACGUGCCUAAACGCACAAUUAUCACUAUCUUUUUCGCCUGCUCCAGCGUCGAUCUACUGGCUCUCAUGGACCAGACGACGCUGGCAGCGUCACUGACCGUCAUUGGGAAUGCAUUGGGUGCCAGUGAUCAAGUAUCCUGGAUCUCUGGUGGCUAUUUUGUGACAUCAACAUGCUUCCAACUCCUGUAUGGUAAGCUUUCAGACAUCUGGUCUAGAAAAAUUGUCUUGUUCAUCGGCCUUGCCAUUUUCUUUAUCGGCUCCCUCGCGGCCUCUGUCUCCCGGACGGUCACCCAGUUGAUUGUCUUCCGGGCAUUGACAGGCGUCGGCGGAGGCGGGUUGAUGACAGUGGCUCAGACGAUUGUGAGUGACGUUGUCCCUCUUCGCGAGCGUGGGAAAUACCAAGGCAUUCUAGGCGCUGUGGUCGCUAUUGCGAAUGGUAUUGGCCCUGUUAUUGGCGGUGCAUUGGCUUCCAUCUCGGAAGACUCGUGGCGCUGGAUAUUCCGGUUAAACCUCCCAUUGACAGCCUUGACAACGUUAUGUGUACUCUUCUUCAUGCCGCUGCGCAAGGUAGAAGGGGACUGGCGACUUAAGCUGAAAGCGGUUGAUUUUCUCGGUGCAUUGCUAGCUCUGGGGGGCACGUCCGUCUUCUUGUUGGGGUUGAAUUGGGGAGGUGGUGAGUACAAGUGGUACUCAACACAUGUAAUUGCGACUUUGAUUCUCGGCUUUGUGAUCUUUAUUGCAUUUGUUGUGUGGCAAUGGAAGGGCGCGAGAGUUCCCCUAGUGCCAAUGCACAUAUUCAAGAGCCGGAUCGUCAACGGAGCAUGCUUGACAAUGUUUGUUAAUGGAUGGAACUUUUUGGUCCAGGUGUACUAUAUCCCAACCUUCUACCAACUGGUCUUUGGAUAUUCGACAGUCAUGUCGGGCGCUAUGCUGCUUCCAAUUACGUUGAUGCAAACUCUCAGUAGUACCCUGUCUGGCCUGAUUGUUCACUGGGUCGGUCGUUACCGGGAAUGUAUCCUGUUCGGCUGGCUCAUCUGGGCAAUCGGACUCGGACUUUUCUCGACUCUGGAUGAAUCCUCUGGGAUAGGGAAGCAAGUCGGAUACGGUAUUCUGACAGGUGUCGGUGUUGGGAAUACCUUACAACCGUCUCUCAUUGCGGUACAGGCAGGCGUUGAACGUCGAGAUAUGGCAGUUGUCACCGCGUUUAGAAACUUUGUUCGAAAUCUUGGAGGAACCUUGGGCAUGGCGAUAGCCGGAACAAUUAUCAACAACGUUAUUGCAUCUUCCAUCUUAACCCUCGACCUUGACCAAUAUGAAUCGCGUUUCUUGUUGUCAAGUCCACAGUCAUACCUUUCCAGUCUCUCAUAUAAUGAUGCCACGCGUAUUCGAAGCGUGUUGAUCCCAGCCUACAAAAGGGGCUUCAGGAUAAUCUUCCUUACUGGGGCAGCGUUGGCAUCAUUUUCAUUUUUCUUGGCGUUCUGGCUUAUGCCACAGAUCACAUUGAAGCGAGAUGACGACGACAAGCUAAAGGAGGAAGGAAAGAAGCGAAUUAAAGGAGAAAUUGAUGAAGAGAAACGAGGCUGA